AAGCUGUUUCAAUUUUGUGCAGAAAACAUAAAGAUCUUGAAAUAAAUACUCCGCAUUUGUAGAUUCCAUUGAUUUUGAUUUCUCAGGCAAAGCAAAAAAGUGCAUUCUCCUUCGGCGGAACCCACAAACCCUACCCCACCCCCUCCUCCUUCUCCUUCAAUUUCAAUUUCAAUUUCAAUUUCAAUUUCACACAGAACUCAGCAAUUUACGUUUGUUUAGAUAAGGGGGAAAAAGCAAAUAAAAGAGGUGCCUUUGCUUGUAAAUUAGGGUUGAUUCUUGGGAUUCAUUAUUGCCCUUUUUCUGCAAGCAUGAGUCUUCUCCAUGUCAACUCAAAAGAAUUCUUUGUCUCUCUCUCUGAUCAUUUCUUGUUGAUUGGGUUAUUACAAUCUUGAUUGCGAGAUUUCCUCAAAAAAAAAAAUAACUACUUCUAUAUUGGUCAGAGGCCCUUUUUUUCGGUUAGCUUUUCAAUUUCAAGAAACUGCCGGUUGGGGUUUUAUUUCUCUCUCUAUGCGGGAAGCCCAUUUGAAUUUCUGUCAAGAGCCUUGAUGAUGUUGGAUUUGAAGGUGGCAUUUUGCAGCAAGAUUGUUUCUUUUUGUGGGUUUAGUUGCUUUCUUCAUGCCUAAGUUUUUCUCAGGGCUUUCGCCCAUCAAUUGGUGUAGUAAGCGCACUCCUGGGUUCUUGAAAUUCCGGUGGAAAAUGGGUUGUAUUCAGACGAAAUGCUGCCGGAGAUACGCGGUUUCGUCUGACGGAGAUAACAAGGAGGAAACCGGCAUUUAUCCGGGUCAUAAUCCUCAUGUUAUUGCGAAUCCGUUUCUUAGUGUUGUUGAUGUUCCUUCUCAUAAUCUGAGGUUAUCCUACUCUGUGAUUAGCCAGCGUGGUUAUUACCCUGAAACCCCUGAUAAGGAAAACCAAGAUAGCUAUUGUGUGAGAAAUAAUAUUCAGGGUAACCCCAAUGUGCACUUCUUUGGUGUGUUUGAUGGUCAUGGUUUGUGUGGAACACAGUGCUCGAAUUUCGUGAGGGAUAGGCUCAUUGAGAUCUUGUCGAAUGAUGCUGCAUUGUUAGAUGAUCCGGUCAGGGCUUAUAACAAUGCGUUUAUAGCAACGAAUGAGGAGCUUCACCAUAGUGAGUUUGAUGAUUCCAUGAGUGGCACUACGGCCAUUACUGCUCUAGUGGUUGGGGAUAAGCUGUAUGUGGCGAAUGUGGGGGACUCGAGGGCUGUUUUGGCUGUUAAGGAAGGGGAUCAGGUCGUUGCCCAGGAUUUGUCGUAUGACCAGACUCCGUUUAGGAAGGAUGAAUGUGAGAGGGUGAAGCUCUGUGGGGCUAGGGUUUUGAGUGUUGAUCAGGUGGAAGGGCUUAAGGAUCCUAAUAUUCAGUCGUGGGGGGAUGAGGAGACCGAUGGCAGUGAUCCUCCGAGGUUGUGGGUACAGAAUGGCAUGUAUCCUGGGACUGCAUUCACACGGAGUGUUGGUGAUAACAUGGCGGAGAAGAUAGGUGUCAUUGCUGAUCCAGAGGUUGCUACAAUACAGCUUACAUCUUCUAGCCAUCCUUUCUUCGUUGUUGCAAGUGAUGGGGUUUUUGAAUUCCUGUCCAGCCAGACAGUUGUUGACAUGGUUAACAAAUAUGUGGAUCCCAGAGAAGCUUGCUCUGCCAUUGCCGGUGAAUCAUACAAGUUGUGGUUAGAGAAUGAAAGUCGGACGGAUGAUAUUACGAUGAUCAUUGUACACAUUAAAGACUUGAAUACUGAUUUAUAAAUACUGUGUAAAUCAUGGGGUGUACUUUUAGUGGGAUCAUGGGGCUUCUCAAUUCUUAAUACCAAAUUUACUUUGGUUAGUUGGGGAAAUAUUUUGGGUGACUAUGUGGGAGAAAUGUAAAUGAUUCUUAUCUGAGCCUUAUAUGGCAUUGGUGCUACUAACCAAGUGUUGGUAAAUUCUGAAAAAUGAAUGUCCAAAUUGCAACUGCUGUCACCUUA